AGGUAAGCACCGGUCUUCUCCUCGCCCUCUCUCUCUCCGCAGUGUACAGCUGCUCAUAAAUGGCGAAACCCUCGAAGCGAAUUGUCUGUGAUUUCCAGAGGUUUUGGUUCCAUGAGAUCGCAUCAAGGGGUUUGCGUCAGAACCCCGUCGGCUGUAGCCAACCUGCUUUAUCGAAAUCGAAAAAUGUAUCUUGGGAUUUCCAUGGAGGCCUGCAUCAUGCUGGAAGAAUCUGGAGCAGAUUCCAUUCCUGCGAUCCUCUCUCUAAAUCUCCAUCUAUUAACGUUGUUGUUUCUCGUUUCCUCCACGUCAACAGGUUGAAUUUUUCUCUCGGUCUCUUGCCUUCAAGGAAGAUGAGCGCGGGGUUUUCUCCCAAUUUACCUAAUCUCUCUUCUAAGGUGACGGGGAUUCGUGGUUUUAUAGAGAAGGGUUCGAUUUACAGACUGAUUUCGGUUAAGAGUUUCAAUUCCGCCAAAAUUGCUGAAGGGUUGGGGAAAUCGGUGAUCAGCAGGCCUCUAUCGAGCAUCAGAUCGACGUUUUUGAGGUACCGGGAGGUGAUUGGUUUGCAGUUGGAGGCUUUUUGGAAGAGGAAUUAUCUGUUUAUUCUUGGAGCUGGUGGUUUAGUUCUCUGUAUUGUUUUGUGGAGGAUAUUGUUUGGAUUUGCAAGUAUUUUUGUGGGGAUUUCAGAAGGCAUGGCAAAAUAUGGAUUUCUUGCUCUGGCUACUGCCAUUGUUGCUUUUACUGGUCUUUACAUUCGUUCAAGGUUCGUUAUAAAUCCUAAUAAGGUUUAUAGAAUAGCUAUGAGAAAGUUGAAUACAUCUGCCCCUAUUCUUGAGCUCAUGGGCGCCCCUCUAGCCGGAACGAAUGUGAGGGCUUAUAUUAUGUCCGGAGGGCUACCGAAGAUAAAGAAUUUCAAGUUGAGGUUAGGCGGAAAGCGGUGUUUCCUUAUUUUCCCUAUUCGUGGAUCUGAAAGGAGGGGCCUUGUUAGUGUGGAGGUGAAGAAGAAAAAGGGCCAGCAUGAAAUGAAGCUUCUUGCUGUUGAUAUACCCAUGGCUUCCGGCCCCGACCAGAGGAUCUUUCUAAUUGGCGACGAGCAAGAAUACAGAGUGGGCGGCGGCUUGAUAUCAGAACUCAGAGAUCCCAUCAUCAAAGCAAUGGCGGCCGAGAAGGAAUUUGAAGCUCUUGACCUCGAGGAAGAAGAAGAUGAUGAAAAAAAGGAGCGAGAAGAAGCCGAAAGAAAAAAGCAAGACGAAGAACAGAGAGUACUCGAGAAUGAGAAGAGGCAAAGGGAGCUCGAGAGCCUUGACAAAGUAAGUUCUUAGAACCAUAUUGAAUGGCACAUUCAUCAUCUUUGUUCAACCAAAGUAUGUGUCUCUUUUUAAUGAAGUUCACAACAUAAUCUUGCCUCUCCCAUGAAAAUGGAACAGAUUUUUUCUUUAAAGUGAGCAUUAGUUAAUUCCAUUAGAUUAUGGGAUUGAGUUUGAAAUAAUGAAAAGUCCUUUUUUUUAUAUUUU